CUUUCCCGCAAUUCGUUCACCAACACUUUUCCGUCUCUCUCUGAUUCCAGAUCUGAACGAGUCUCCUGCGCACAGACAGCGGGGCGUCUAGCGACCUAGGAUGUGCUUUUCCAUGUUAGUCAAUAGGCAACCUUGGUGAAUGCCUGGCUACAUACACAAAAGGCGAAUUGAUGAUAAAAGCCACGAUUUUCCAGCUGGGUUCGGCAACCACCUGUGGCUCGCGAACGACCUGCGGCGGGGGAGGGGGGAGGAGGCAGAGGGUUGAGGCGGUCGCCUGCCAUUGCUGACGACGCGGGAAGCGGGACUGAAGAUCGAGUGACGCUGCCGAGGCGCCUGCUGUGAAUAUUGCAACCAGGAAGCGAGAGAGAGAGACAGACGCAAUUUACGAGACUUGAUCAGACGAAAGGAAAGCAGGAAAAAGAGAGAGAGUUAGAAAGAGAAUCAGAAAAAAAAGUUUCGAAAUUUUGUUAAUUCCACUGUCAAGGAAAUGACUAUUAUUUCCCUUAAGGCUUCGUACCCGAGUGUCUUCUUUUAAUCUUUAAGCACACUGAAAGAACGCACUGAACAUUUAUCGCACGAAAUCAUAUAGACAGAAAUUACAAAGACCAGACAAAAAAAAAAAUAAACAAGUAAACAAUACAUCUACCUGUUCUGCCAUGACGUCAGCAAUAGGCCUCAUAACAUCGACCGAAUCGCUCCUAGCGCAAUCUACAGAGUCCUCGAACACCUCCUUUGCUCAAUUCUUCGUUGACAACAUUGACACAGAUCCGGUCGAGGUGUCGCAGCGGCCCUUCGUCGAGCACGGGGGAUCAACGCCCGCCAUGUUGGGAUAUCUCGUGCUGGGUCUCGUGGCAGCCGCUCUCCUCGUGCUCGUCGCUCUGUACCUCACAAGGACCUCCACCUCCAGUGCCUUCUUCAGGAGGGACGUGGAGACGGGCCUCGUGUCAUGGGGCCGGGGCAGAGGCUUCGAGGGCCAGGCAGCCGUCAUGAUCUCGCACUCGCUCCCAGAUCUCUCUCGCUCCGUCUCGCAGGAACAGCUCCUCCCCGUCGACAACAAGAAGGUCGCCCGCCAAACGACGCUGCCCACCGUGCCUCAGCGCCACGCCAGUUUCCAGCGCCAGCUCUCUCAGCGCCUCCACCUCGACAGCAUCCAGUUCUCGGUCUGCAACCUUGAGAAGAAGGAUGACCUCGGUCUGCUGAAGCCUGAACUGUACAGGAACGAGCUCAUCCGCCAGGCGUCCGUCGAGAGUUCCGGCGCAGGAUCGGACACGGAGGCUGUAGGGCGCCUCCGGUUCACGCUGAAGUACGACCCGGCCAUCGAGGGUCUCAUCGUCAAGGUGAGACGCGCGCUCCUCCCAUUGACCGGUUCCUCUGACCCGUACAUCAAGGUCUACCUCCUUCCCGAUCGCAAAAAGAAAUUCUGCACGAAGGUUCAUCGCCGCAACUUGAACCCCGAGUUUAAUGAGGUGUUCGUCUUCAGCGUGACGUGGGCGGAGCUACGUGACCGGACGCUCCAGUUCAGCGUGUACGACUUCGACCGUUUCAGUCGUAACGACCUCAUUGGGCAGGUCGUCUUGAAGAGCGUGACGGAGCACUGCGACCCUGAACAAGAGAUGGAGUACUUGAUGGACAUCCUCAACACCAAAGGUGCCUCUGUAGACCUAUGA